GUGUUCUCCAAUAGAUCUACAGCUACGAGGAUCUAAUGAGCGACAUCCCGGACGAGCGCUUCUACGCGCGUCUGUACUGGAAUGGCAGCAAGAAGACCAAGGACCUGCAGGACGGCUCCAUCUACAUCCUGAACGUGACGUGGAACGACACGGGCACCUACCGCUGCUCCUUCAACCGCAUCCUCACCUUCCGCUCCUACGAGUUCCAAACCAACGCCACCAAGAUCGUCCACCUCAACGUGGUGCCAAGAUGUAAGGCUUUGGGUUCACAGGGUUAGGCUUAGGCCUUGACACAAAUGAACACACACAAACAAACACACAUACACACACAGUAUAGUAGACACACACCCUCAUCUGGAGAUAGGGGAGAGGGAGAGAGGAGGGGAGAGAGAUGGUGGAAGAGGGAAAGAGUACACUAAGAUUACCCUCAUGAAAGUAGUGCCAUGAUAUAGGCUUACUUACACCCUACAUGGGGAGGGUGAAGAGUUGGAGGGGAGAGAGAAUGGUGGGGUAGGGGGGGAAGGGGAGGGGUAGAGGGAGGGAAGGAAGGAAGGGAAGAAGAGAGGAGGAGAGUGGACCGACACUCAAUGUCCAUGCCUGAAUUGACAAAAGUGGCAAUAUUGUCAGAGCGGAUGAUUUACAAGGUGCAUGAGUCAUAUGAUUUUGAUUUAGGGUCAGGGUUAGAUGGCCCAUGAUAAAUUGGACCAUGUUUCAAAAUGGAAGCAUUGAUAUCAAAAUCAAGGAUAUAUGACAGGAAACAGUCAUACAUGUCAUUACCUGUCUUUACCUACACAGCUGUUGAUGGAUGGUUAGUAGUAGUAGCCCUGUCACAGAAGCCGUCACAGCUGUCAUUAAUUCUCAGAUUUCCUAAUCCAAAGGCUCAGCCACAGCCACGCCAAUGAUUAUCCAACACAUCACUGUCAAUGACAGCUGACCAUUAAGGAGAUACUGUAUCAAGAGAGACAUACAGUAGAGAUAUACAUAGAGACAUAGAUACAGUGCCUUCAGAAAGUAUUCACACCACUUGACUUUUUCCACAUUUUGUUGUGUUAUUUUAAAUAUAUUAAAUAUAGUUUUUUUGUCACUGGCCUACACACAAUACCCCAUAAUGUCAAAGUGGAAUCAUGUUUUUAGACAUUUCUACAAAUUAAUAAAAAAUGAAAAGCUGAAAUUGUUUGAGUCAAUAAGUAUUCAACCCCUUUGUUAUGGCAAGCCUAAAUAAGUUCGGUAAAAAUUGGCUUAACAAGUCACAUAAUAAGUUUCAUGGACUCACUCUGUCUGCAAAAAGUGUUUAACAUGAUUUUUGAAUAACUACCACAUCUCUGUACGCCACACAUAUAAUUAUCUGUAAGGUCCCUAUUAAUUAAUUGGAUGGUGUAUCAAUACACCCAGUCACUAAAAAGAUACAGGCAUCCUUCCUAACUCAGUUGCCAGAGAGGAAGGAAACCGCUCAGGGAUUUCACCAUGAGGCCAAUGGUGACUUUAAAACAGUUACAGAGUUGAAUGGCUGUAAUAGAAGAAAACUGAGGAUGGACUAACCUAAAUGUCAUAGUGAAAAGAAGGAAGCCUGUACAGAAAAAAAUAUUCCAAAACAUGCAUCCUGUUUGCAAUAAGGCACUAAAGUAAAACUGCAAAAAGAAUGUGGCAAAGAAAUUAACUUUAUGUCCUGAAUACAAUUAUGUUUGGGGCAAAUCCAACACAACACAUCACUGAGUACCACUCUUCAUAUUUUCAAGCAUGGUGGUGGCUGCAUCAUGUGAUGGGUAUGAUUAUCACCGGCAAGCACUAGCAAGUUUUUCAGGGUAAAUAAAUAGAGCUAAGCACCGGCAAAAUCCUGGAGGAAAAACUGGUUCAGUCUGCUUUCCUACAGAAUUCACUUUUCAGCAGGACAAUAACCUAAAACACAAGGCCAAAUGUACACUGGAGUUGCUUACCAAGACAUCAAUGAAUUUUCCUGUGUAGCUUAGUUAGUUACAGUAACACAGGCGGUAACACAACAAAAUGUGGAAUAAGUCAAGGGGUAUGAAUACUUUCUGAAGGCACUGUACAUACAUACAUACAGAUACCUACUGUACUGCUUUAAUGGACCUGCAUUUGGAUGAAGGAUUUUUCUCCUCAAGAGAGGAGAGGUCAAAGACUUCCAAGAGCUAAAUUGCUUUCAUAAUCCUAAGUAAUUUUUUUAAAGCUUCCACAAAGGUUGAUGCAGUGUCUCUAGAAUCAAUCAAUCAAUUUUAUUUUAUAUAGCCCUUCGUACAUCAGCUAAUAUCUCGAAGUGCUGUACAGAAACCCAGCCUAAAACCCCAAACAGCUAGUAAUGCAGGUGUAGAAGCACGGUGGCUAGGAAAAACUCCCUAGAAAGGCCAAAACCUAGGAAGAAACCUAGAGAGGAACCAGGCUAUGAGGGGUGGCCAGUCCUCUUCUGGCUGUGCCGGGUGGAGGUUAUAACAGAACCAUGCCAAGAUGUUCAAAAAUGUUCAUAAGUGACAAGCAUGGUCAAAUAAUAAUCAGGAAUAAAUCUCAGUUGGCUUUUCAUAGCCGAUCAUUAAGAGUUGAAAACAGCAGGUCUGAGACAGGUAGGGGUUCCAUAACCGCAGGCAGAACAGUUGAAACUGGAAUAGCAGCAAGGCCAGGCGGACUGGGGACAGCAAGGUGUCAGCAUGCCCGGUAGUCCUGACGUAUGGUCCUAGGGCUCAGGCUCUCAGAGAGAAAGAGAGAACGAGAGAAUUAGAGAGAGCAUACUUAAAUUCACACAGGACACUGGAUAAGACAGGAGAAGUACUCCAGGUAUAACCAACUAACCCCAGCCCCCCGACACAUAAACUACUGCAGCAUAAAUACUGGAGGCUGAGACAGGAGCGGUCCGGAGACACUGUGGCCCCAUCCGAAGAAACCCCCGGACAGGGCCAAACAGGAAGGAUAUAACCCCACCCACUCUGCCAAAGCACAGCCCCCGCACCACUAGAGGGAUAUCCUCAACCACCAACUUACAAUCCUGAGACAAGGCCGAGUAUAGCCCACAGAGGUCUCCACCACAGCACAAACCAAGGGGGGGCGCCAACCCAGACAGGAAGAUCACGUCAGUAACUCAACCCACUCAAGUGACGCACCCCUCCUAGGGACGGCAUGAAAGAGCACCAGCAAGCCAGUGACUCAGCCCCUGUAACAGGGUUAGAGGCAGAGAACCCCAGUGGAGAGAGGGGAACCGGCCUGGCAGAGACAGCAAGGGCUGUUCGUUGCUCCAGAGCCUUUCCGUUCACCUUCACACUCCUGGGCCAGACUACACUCAAUCAUAUGACCUACUGAAGAGAUAAGUCUUCAGUAAAGACUUAAAGGUUGAGACCGAGUCUGCGUCUCUCACAUGGGUAGGCAGACUGUUCCAUAAAAAUGGAGAUCUAUAGGAGAAAGCCCUGCCUCCCGCUGUUUGCUUAGAAAUUCUAGGGACAAUUAGGAGGCCUGCGUCUUGUGACCGUAGCGUACGUAUUGGUAUGUACGGCAGGACCAACUCGGAAAGAUAGGUAGGAGCAAGCCCAUGUAACGCUUUAUAGGUUAACAGUAAAACCUUGAAAUCAGCCCUUGCCUUAACAGGAAGCCAGUGUAGGGAAGCUAGCACUGGAGUAAUAUGAUCAAAUUUCUUGGUUCUAGUCAGGAUUCUAGCAGCCGUAUUUAGCACUAACUGAAGUUUAUUUAGUGCUUUAUCCGGGUAGCCGGAAAGUAGAGCAUUGCAGUAGUCUAACCUAGAAGUAACAAAUGCAUGGAUUAAUUUUUCUGCAUCAUUUUUGGACAGAAAAUUUCUGAUUUUUGCAAUGUUACGUAGAUGGAAAAAAGCUGUCCUUGAAACAGUCUUGAUAUGUUCGUCAAAAGAGAGAUCAGGGUCAAGAGUAACGCCGAGGUCCUUCACAGUUUUAUUUGAGACGACUUUACAACCAUCAAGAUGAAUUGUCAGAUUUAACAGAAGAUCUCUUUGUUUCUUGGGACCUAGAACAAGCAUCUCUGUUUUGUCCGAGUUUAAAAGUAGAACGUUUUCAGCCAUCCACUUCCUUAUGUCUGAAACACAGGCUUCUAGCGAGGGCAAUUUUGGGGCUUCACCAUGUUUCAUUGAAAUGUACAGCUGUGUGUCAUCCGCAUAGCAGUGAAAGUUAACAUUAUGUUUUCGAAUAACAUCCCCAAGAGGUAAAAUAUAUAGUGAAAACAAUAGUGGUCCUAAAACGGAACCUUGAGGAACACCGAAAUGUACAGUUGAUUUGUCGGAGGACAGACCAUUCACAGAGACAAACUGAUAUCUUUCCGACAGGUAAGAUCUAAACCAGGCCAGAACUUGUCCGUGUAGACCAAUUUGGGUUUCCAGUCUCUCCAAAAGAAUGUGGUGAUCGAUGGUGUCAAAGGCAGCACUAAGGUCUAGUAGCACGAGGACAGAUGCAGAGCCUCGGUCUGACGCCAUUAAAAGGUCAUUUACCACCUUCACAAGUGCAGUCUCAGUGCUAUGAUGGGGUCUAAAACCAGACUGAAGCAUUUCGUAUACAUUGUUUGUCUUCAGAAAGGCAGUGAGUUGCUGCGCAACAGCUUUUUCUAAAAUGUUUGAGAGGAAUGGAAGAUUCGAUAUAGGCCGAUAGUUUUUUAUAUUUUCCGGGUCAAGGUUUGGCUUUUUCAAGAGAGGCUUUAUCACUGCCACUUUUAGUGAGUUUGGUACACAUCCGGUGGAUAGAGAGCUGUUUAGAAUGUUGGGUUUAGCAGCAAGCUUAGUCAGCUCACCCACUGCUUGAGGUCAUUCCAACAGUUUUAGUUGAGAUUAAUGUUGACCUUGAAAAACUGGGCCAUUUCCAGUGAAACACUGAACCCUUGUGGAUGUCUGGGGAUAAUUGUUUCAUCCUGUUUUAUAGGAGGCAUCAGAAACUCAGAAACCCUUAUCUUUUCAUUGAAACAGCUUCUAAUUUAUUAAUAAUUAAUUUAUCCCAAGGCGGUCUCUUUCUUAACCACUCCUCUCUCUCUCUAGUGACCAGGGGGUUAGCGUCCAUCUUGUCUGAGGUGAUGAUGUAUGUCACCAUCAUUGGGCUGCAGGUAUGGCUGGUGGUGGAGAUGAUUUACUGCUACAGGAAGAUAUCAGCACAAGGCGAGGAAGCAUUGAGAGAGAGCGCGUGAGUAGACACAAACACACACACAGGUACAAUUCAUUGCAGACACACGCACAAGAGCACACUCACUUACACACUUUUUCCUCAAUCUUCCUCUGAAAAUGUUAUUUUCUUGCUAUGUAAUUUCCUAGCUAAAACUGCUACUUUCGAACUGCCUCUUCUCUCUCUUGCACUAUUCUCUAUUAUCUUUCUAACUGCCUCUCUAUCUCUUAUUCCUCACCUUUUCCCUCCUCACCGGUCUUCCUUUUCUCUCUCUCCUUCUCAGGGAGGAGUACUUAGCUAUAGCUUCGGAGAGUAAAGAGAACUGUGCAAUGGUGGCAGUGGCAGAAUAGCACUGGUAGGUUUCCCCUCCUACUAAUCCAUAACUGGACUCUUGGCCGUUCGUUGUCUGUUCUUUCCUUCCUUUCCUCUUGUUCUGUCACUGAUGUGAACUCAUAUCAGCACCCAGAACCAAAUCACCUACAUUUGAAUUUUAAAGGGGAAGUUCAGGAUUUUACAACUUGAUAUUAGAUGGUUUCUCCCCCUAAAAUAAAUCCAGGAGAAACUGUAAAAUCCUAAACUUCCCCUUUAAGGUGGUCACAAGAUGACUAGUGGACUCAUGGCAUCUCCAUGUUUUCUUACAAGCUUCGUUUUCAUUUCAGGUUAAAGAAUGGCUCCAAAUGACGAAUAGCUCUCGAUAGCCCUUCAACACUUCUCCACUUCACCCCUUCUUCCGACUUCCAUUAUGACACCAUCUCAUUACCCCAUCCUCCCCCAUCUAGGAGGACAAGCAGCCGAGAAGAGGAGAGGAACAUUCCAUCAAGGAAGACGUCAAGGACCAUGGAGGAACACAUAACAUUCAUUGAUAGUGCAAGAUGUUUUUUUUUCCAUUUCCAGAGAACAGACGGAUGAGAAGUGAAACAGCCAAUGAAAAAGGACUUUACUGUAGUUAAAUGCAAAUAUACAGCAUGGGUGUACUAUCUAGCAGUACUAUAAUAUCAAAGAGAGUUGUAUAUACAGUAUGUAUGCUUAAUUAUACAAUCCAAAUCUUCAUUAUAAUGUAUGAGUAUUACAAUAAGUUAGUUCAUACAUAGUAUUGUACAUUCAGUAUAGCUGCACGUUUAGUGAUACAUCAUAAACUAUUGGCAUUAAAAAUGUUUCUAAAGGUCAUUUUCAUGAUUCUAAAGUGUGCUUGUAUCAAAGCAAUUAGCGGUCAGAACUCAACUGCAAUCUUGCCAAAUGGCUUUAGUAGAUUAUGCUCAAAUCCAGCCUACCGGUAUAUUCAAAAACAUUCCAAGAAAACCUUAAGAAAGUUAUGUAUUCAGGUUAGUGAAACGAGUGCCCUGAGAAGUAGAAGCCUAUUUCUACCAGUAAGGUUUAAAGCAUAAAUGUUCCAGUAAUGUUACCAAUAGUCUUAGAUGGGGCUCACUCAAACUCAAAAAGUACAUAAAGCACAUUAGUAUCAUGGCACAUUCACUAUCCAGUAUCUAGUAUAGGACUCAGGUCCGUACAUAGUUAGCUACAGUCCUUCUCUAUUAAUGAAAUGGAGUCAUUUUCAUGUAACCGGCUAGUCUCAUUGAGAUUUUGCAAGAGAAACUGAUGGUUGUGAUUUGAUGUACAUUAAUUUGGACAUCAGCUUGUGAGGGUUGCUUAUGUCAGACGAUUUAAGGUAAUUAACAUUGUCAAUUCCUCACAAAGCUAUAAUUAUCCACCAAUGUAUCCUUCUAGAAAGUGUCUCAGAGUUUCGAGAGAGAACGAUGCCCACAAUAUAGCAGUGUCCUUUUUAAUGUUUAAACUAUCAUUCUACCGUUGAUGUGACUGGAAACCUCAACAUGCAACAUCCGAACAUUAUACAUAUAUUUAUUGCAGUGUAAUUGCAUUCUCUCCAUUUUUCAUCAACGCUUUAUUUGCUAGAUUUUCCUUACCAUAUUUACAACAACCAAGGGUUUGUGAUAUUAGCUACCAUUUUACUGCCGUGGGAAACUGUACCACAAUUUGUCCAGUGUGCCGAGGGCAGGAAUGUCUGUGACUGGUCGAAAACCUGAAAUGGUUUAGACUCUAAACUGGUUUAAACAAGUUAUUUCAUGAAGAUACCUAAUGUGAGCAGAAACUAUACUAUAUACAGUGUUGGCUUAGUGCUCAUAUCAAUCCCUAUGGAGCAGAAUACAGUGAGCUGCUAUUGAAAUACUGACAUCCCUGUCAUUCCUAUUUGGCAGUCAAUUCUGAUUUAUACCUCCAGGGGCAGCAUAACACUGCCUAAUGUGCACUGCGAUCUUGCAUGCAUACUUUCUUUUAUAAUGUCAUUGGGAUCUGGGUUUAACUACUAAGGGGGUCUGGGUUUGCUACAUUUGAAGUACGGAAAAGUGAAAGAAUAAUAGGAUUCUUAUUGUAUGAUAACUGCCACAUAUGAACAAAGGAUAAUUAAUUAGAAUUAAUGUUCAAGAUUCUGCAUUAUUCGAAAUUCCCUUUAAAAACCGUGUCGAAGCUGAUUUGGUCAAAUUAGAGUUUCUAUUCACCUUUCACAGAAUUUCUACAUGCAAUAGAGGAAUAUGUUGGAAAAAAUAACGAUCUUAAAACAGGUAAUUAUCUACUUCCGUUGUGAUUAAAAAUGUUCACUAAAGAGAGCUGCUCCAGUUUUCACUACUGUGGAAAUGUUGCUUGCCAAAAGGGUUAGCUUUAUACAAUAAUACAAUUGUCAUGUGAGAAUGGAGUAGGCUGUAUGUCUGGUGUAUUAAAUAAAAACAAUGUCUACCU